AUGACUUCAGAAGAAGCCAAACCGUUUGUUCUUGCUUCGUCGCCAGGUCCACCUCGAGGAUUAGUUCCUGAACACGUUCAUAUGCUUGAAGAACUUUUCACGGUCGUGUGGUGGGAUGAUUUUGAAGCUAAUCGUGAUAAAUUUUCCAAUAAAAUACAAGGUAUUUUUUCUCAGUGUGGGAAACCCGCAGUUACGGAAGAUCUUGUCGCGGCUUUACCGAAUUUGAAAGUGGUAUCAAACUUUGGCGUUGGUGUCAAUCACCUGGACGUUGCCAUGAUAAAUAGGCAUGGGAUUAAAGUUGGCAACACUCCGCACGUUUUGAGUGACGCUGUUGCGGAUGUUGGCAUGAUGUUGAUUCUGGCUUCAGCAAGAAGAUUAAUUGAAGGUGUCAAUAUAGCUCGUGAAUCCAAAGUAUAUAGCAUGUUUAUGAUGGGCAAUGAUAUAAAUGAAGCUACACUGGGAGUUAUUGGUAUGGGAAAUAUUGGUUAUAAAGUUGCUGAAAGAGCUAGAGCAUUCAACAUGAACAUCAUUUACUAUAAUAGAGAAAGGAGAUCAGUAACUGAUGAAGAGAAAGUUGGAGCUAAGUAUUGUAUGAGUUUGGAAGUCUUGUUGAGGCAGUCUGAUUACGUAAUGGUUGUCGUUCCACUGUGUAAGGAAACCUGUGCAAUGAUUGGUGAGAGAGAAUUUCAACUAAUGAAGCCCACUGCUGUAAUCAUAAAUAUUGCACGAGGUCAAGUGAUAGACCAGGAUGCCAUGGUGGAUGCCUUACAGAAGAAACUCAUUCAUGGAGCAGCGCUAGACGUCACAUAUCCUGAACCACUUCCACCAGACCAUCCUCUAUUACAUAAUCCAAAUGUUAUUGUAACACCCCAUUUUGGAUCACAGACUGUUGAAACCAGGCGAAAAAUGGCACAGAUGGUUAUCGAUAACUUAGUGGCUGGCAUUGAAGGAAAGCCCUUGCCAUCUGAAUUCAAAGCAUGAAGACAAAUUUUAUGACUCCUGUGUGCAAUUUAUUUGUGUUUAAUUAAACUCAAAUUAAAUUGCAAACCUAUAUAAGGUUGCUAUUUGCUCUUGGGCAUGUUUAGUUUGGGGUUGAAUUUUGUGCAUACUAAUUACCUAAUUACUUUAAUUACCACUCAUCAAAUUAAAAUGAAACUUAGAAUAUAAAUAAUCUUGGACAAUUGACAUACCUAAUUACUUAGUUGAAAUCCAUGUAUAUUAAUUACAUAAUUUGCAUAGAUUGGGUUAUGUGGACUCGUUAAUAUGCAUAACUGUAAUAUCUCAAACUAUGCUAAAGGUAGGAACAUGCAACCAAUAAAGGCAUUAAACAAGAGAUGUGACUUACAUAUUGCAGGACGAUAUAUGGUCUUGUGAUCUCAUUAUUAUGUAUAAUUUUAAUAUUAAUAUUAUUGAAGAUUGAAGGAAUAUUUAUAAUUAUAUGAUUCUAUAAAUACCUACAUACUUAGUAUUUACAUUUAUAUCAUUUGAAUCUUUGUAAAUUUUAAAUUUAAUUAAUAUUAAUUGAUGUGUUUUAAGUUCUUGUGGAUUAAUGCACCAAGAAAGUAGAGGUUGGUUUCAUAUUACCAGUUAAUCUUGAACUGGUUUGCUGCAGUUUUUCACAUGUAUGAUGAAUUUUUCUUCAAUGCUGCCCUCACAGAUGUCUUUCAAUCUACCUAUCUAUACCCUUAUUUAUCGGUGCAUAGGAAGAAAAAAAAGUUACGUUCCAACAAUUGAAAAAAGUAUGUUUAUCACAAAUUAAGUAAGUCAAGGGAAAAAAUGUUUUGUCGCAAAUUAAGUCUAAAUGGUCACCGUUUAAAAAUAUGUUUCAAGAAUUAUACGUCGCAACAGGGAAUGAUCAAGUUACAAUUCAAACUUUAUCUAAAAAUUACUAGACUUGCUACUACAGCAACCUAUAUAUCAUCUGAAAGCUUAGUUAUACGCGAAUACAGUAGUGCAUAUGUCGUACUAAUGUUUGUCUGAGGGAUUACCUACAACAGCCAAUUUCACUGAUUUUGAGACUAUUAAAAACAUGUAUGAAUA